AUGUUUAUCAACACCAUCAUUACCGCUUACCUGAUCUGGGCCGCCGCGGCAGCACCACUCGUCAUCCCACCCGAUGAAGCCAACAUCCUCCCAAUCGACGAUCGACCAGAAGUCACCCACUACACCCCCCGCGCCAUCCAACUUACCACCACCCCACUCUUCCCGCGCGUCAUCCGCAACAACCCCAUCUCCGUAGCGAAAUUCAAGCAAAAGGCCAAAAUUGACGAUAUCCGCGACGCGCAGAGGAUUCAACACGCGAAUCAGAACGCUUUGGAAGACAAGGAGCGAGAGGACAUCGCUGAAGCCAGGUACAGGAUGAAUACAGCUACCAACAAGAAGGAAAAGCUGGCUGCGCAGAAGGACAAGGUCCAUGAGCAGGAAGAGCUUAUUGAGUUGAAGGCGCAGGGAAAGUACGAGAAGGCGGAGUUGCAGCGACAGAAGGAGCUGGCGAAGUGGAAGUUAGUGAAGAUUAAGAAGGCGGAACGGGAGCAGAGUCGGGCGGAAAGAGAGGCGAGGUUGAGGGGGCAUUGA